UUCCGCUCUUCCGAGUGCUUUGACAUCCGACGUUCCGAACGUAUCAGACGAACUAUCACAGCCUACAGUUAUAAGGACGGCCACUCACAUUAAUUAUGAUUCUUUCAACUCUUCUUCUAAACUAUUUCCACACACACCAACUCUUUCAAUCAUAAUCGUUCCACUAUGCUUCAGAACUUUACAAAUAAAGUCGUUAACUCAUUGUUGGGCUCAGACGAAGCGGGCUCCGACGAGCUGCUGGAUAGGCAAGCGGCUCAGAUUGAGUCUGGUGACGCCCACAUUCGUCCCGAGAUUAAUAGCCAUUGGGCGUCUGCCAUGGCAGACACAAUUCAAGUUCCAGGCUGUAACUGUAUCUGGUGUAGCAGAAAUAGCGAAUUGGAUGGAGACCCGAGGGUGGAAAGGGGCCAACCGGGUCAUCCUCGCAACCGCCCACGCAAGGUGCGCGACUCGCCAAUGGCCACGACAACUGGGGUGAUGGAAGUGUUGUAUCCUCCGUCAUAUCUUAACACGCCUUCGACUCUCGACCCCGAGGCUCGCCCUCCCGCUUACGAGCUGCGACCCACAGUACCUCCAAAUACUCCGCAAUCUCCUCGCUCUCGACCAUCACCACGGAUUGCGCGACAACCAAUCACUGGCCUUGGCCUGGAGUUUCCUGAAGAAGCUAAUAAUGUUGAGCCUCCGGCAUAUAGUCGGUUUGAUUCUUCACGCCCCCGGUUCCCAGCUGCCUCUGACACUCUGGGACCAUACCCUCAUAUCUCGAUGCUCUCCCUAUAACUUAGGGUUUUUUGACAUUACAUUACUGCAAAGACUAAUGUAAUUUCGAUGUAUCAAAUUUUAAUUCAAUGUAUCCAUAGAUCUCAACUACAAUAUCUUACUCUUCAUCUUGUCUGUAUUCGUUGUCUCCUAUAAAAUGUAUCCGCCUCGGCUUAGUCAAC